CUUAAACAAAGAAUAGGUUUCUAUCGUAACCAUAGCUACCAGACUUAUAAAAGAAAACGCGUUUGGCUAAAUAAGUCUAGUGUUGGGCACCAAAGAACGUUGGAUCUUGGAAGGUCAAUUUGGGAAGCUUAAUCCAUUGCUUGGAGCUAGCGAUCAACUUAAAACUUGUGUCAUACACGCGUGGUAGAAACAGAAAACCUGGACUGCAUUGUUGACUAACUUCACUUUUGGAAAAGUUUCUUGAGAGGGUGUUUGGAGUCACCAAUUGACAGAAAUGGAAAACGAUUUUAUGUUCAGGAUGGCCUUUUCCAAGCUUUUAACGCCAACCCUAAGAAGUUCCUUCUGUUUGAGUCUGCUGGUGUUCUGUGUGCUGUCAACGGAUUACAACAGAAUUUUGAUAUUCAAAGAGCCCAUUUUCAAUGCUGCACUCACGGGCCACAUCAUUAGGACAGUAAAAGUGUCUGACGAUGGGGGCUGUCGAGUGAUGUGCUAUAUGGAACCAAACUGUGUGUCCUUCAAUGUUGGACCUUCAGAUGACGGAACCCGUACAUGUAACUUGAACAACGCCACAGAUGAUAGCGUAUCACCUACUAGUCUGGUCGAUAGACCAAAUUUUUCCUAUAACGGUGCUGAGAAUGUUUGUCUUGGGGACCCUUGCCCAGGAGAGAAUUCGGUUUGUCAAGUGGGAUUCACAGAGAAAGGCUUUAGAUGCAAAUUCCUUAAGAGAUGUAAUGAAGGCUUCCUUCAAGGUGAGGCUUCUCUCAGUGGUUCAUGUUAUAAGCUCAUAACCAAGCCUGAGACUUGGAGCAACGCUGACGCCAAAUGCAUAAGCCUCGGAGCUCAGCUGGUAAAGAUCGAAUCAGCUUUCGAGAACGACUUCCUAACUCAAGCCUUUUUCAAAGGAACAUCGGGAACUUACUGGAUUGGACUGAGCGAUCAGGUGCAUGAAGGAAAAUGGAUCUGGACUGACGGUAGCUCACUGGGAGCCGAUGAUUACAGCCCUUGGGGAAAAAAUAACCCCAAUAACUUAGGCGGGCAUCAAAAUUGUGGGCAGAUUGUGAAAGGAGAUUUCAAAUUGGGAUCACUUCUUUUCAGAGGUUUUAAAGAUGGAGAGUGGAAUGACUUCAGGUGUGAUUUUCUUCUCGGCUAUAUUUGCGAAAAGAAAAUAUACUCUGGAGAGAAUGAGUAGCAAAAGCACCAGUUAAUUACCGCUGCUAUUUAUCCCUGAAUGAUGGCUAAGCCUGUCAUUGCAUUCAUUAUUUUAUGUUUUUCUCUUUUAAACGAGAAUCAAUUUUUAUCAAAUGGAAACAAAGUUUUUUUUAUCCGGAAAUUGAUCGAGCCUGUUUGUUUGGAGGGCAAGAUUUUUUUUUUUCACGAUAAAGUUUAUCUGGUCCUAAGAUGAGGCUUUGUAAUGUUUUUAUGAACCCCACCUUAUUGGAAAUUAAUUGGCAGUCGACUUUCAAUAUUCCCCCCUUUUGUACUUUGUUGGAGAAGACGAAUCCCUCUUCCGUUCCCCCUGAAAACCAUUUGACUCAACAAAAUCCUCCAUCCCCCCACCCAUGUGAUAAAAAAAUGAUUAGUCUCUUAACCCUUUAACUCCCGUGAAUGACCAACACAGAAUUUCUCCUUACUAUAUCAUGCAGACGAGUGAUGAGAAUAAAGAAAAAUAUCAAUAAAGGGAUUACUAAUUGAUCCGAUACCAAAAUCUCUAAACUAACAUAAUAAGAAUCGC